CAGAAGUAUCUAUUGAUGUUUUAAAAGGUCCAAAAUACCCCACAACAUCACGGCAAGAGGCGGGCACUAGGGCACAGGGGGGCGGGGCUUAGAAUACCCAGUUGUUGAAGAGAGGCAACAUGACGGUACUGUCCUCAGUCACGAAGGGUAAGUGGUCGAGGGAGUUUGUGCGUUGACUGGUGUCUGAAGUGUCCAGGAAAAGAGGCGUCGGGGAUAUCUCGUCCCCUGUGGAGGUCAUAUAGACAUAGAUGACAUUUUUAAAAGGGUAUCGUUGGAAUGCUAUGCCCAAAAUAUACUCAUAUACACUUGGGUAUUAUAAACUUGGCUCUUGAGGAUUUGAAAAGAGUUUGUAGUUAGUUAAAGCAGAUAAGGUAAUAAUAAUCAUUGUUAAACGGUGAUUUUGGCCCAAAUUUAAAUUGAGGGCAUUUGGGCAUUCACUUCUGGGCAGAGGCGCCCCGCCCCGCCCGUCGGAUCCCUUAGGAUUCAAAAAGGAGUUAGUAAUCAGUUAAAGCAAGCAAGGUAAUUACUAGUGUCACUUUUGCCCAAAUCUGAAUAGAGGGUACCUGGGCAUUCACUUCCGGUAAGAGGCGCCCCGCCCCAAAACUCAACCAAAAAAUAAAAAUGUUCGUCUCCGGCGCCCUGCCGUGGGAAAUACCCACCCCGCCCAUGAUCCCUCCUCUGGGCGGCCUCCUGACGAUGCUGGAAGGAAAGGAGGGCCUAAGGGCGGCGCCCUUGUUCAUCCCACCUCAUCACCCUCUUCCUCAUCCUCCAACGGUGCCCAGAACGGCAGCCUGCGUCGUCUUACCGCAGCAGGCUCCCGCUGGCAGGCCUGCGACGCCCGUGAGUCCCCGUCACCACCACGCCCUGGCUUCCGCCCAAGGGUUGGGGCUAGUGGGGGUUGGGGGGGCGGCGGCGACGCCCUACACGAAAUCGUCUUCUUCGUCAGCGCCUCCGUCGCCGCUGAAGUUCGGAGUCGAGAGGCUCCUGGCUUCGGAGCCCAGGAAAGAAAUCUCCCCAGUACCCGCGAUGCCCAGCCCUGCCAUGUUUACUUCUCCUUUAGCGACUUCGUCCGGUACGUGCCCAGUCUUGCCCCUUUCCUCGGGCUUGGGCAGCUCCACCACGUGCCCAGUCAUCACGACAGUCACCACGUCCACCCACAGCAGCGUCCCCUGCCCUGGUGGCCCCACGAUGACCUGCCCCGUGAUACCCUCUUGCGGGUGUGAUUCGAAGUGCCCGGGGGAGUGUGGGUAUUACUAUUCGCCGUUGUACACUGCACAUCAUCCCGCGCAUCUCCUGCCCUACGCUUCUCUAUACGGUAGCAGCAUGGGCGCCGCCACCGCCCACAGACACGAGGUCAUGGGCGUGACCUCGGGUUCCCAUGGGCGCCGGAAACGUACCUGGACCAGGGCGGUCUUCAGCAACCUACAGAGGAAGGGCCUGGAGAAGAGAUUCCAACUGCAGAAGUAUAUCACGAAGCCUGACAGGCGACAGUUGGCUGCCACUCUAGGCCUUACGGACGCACAGGUAAAGGUCUGGUUCCAAAACAGACGGAUGAAAUGGCGUCACGCGGAGAUCAAGAAGAGAGAACAACAGCAGCAGCAGCAAAAACAGCAGAUGCCCGGAGAACAGCACCACCAGGAACAACAGCAUCCGGAGCAGCAGCAGCAGCAGCAGGGAACAGCAGCAGAGGGCGUAGCAGCAGUAUCAGGAGAAGAAGUAGGAGCAGAUCUGGAGGGGAAAGAUGGCGUCGACAUCGGAGCUCACUUGAGGCCAUUCGACGAAGACGAUGAUUACGACCAUGACGAUGAUGUCGAUGAAGACGAAAUAGAGGAGGAGGAGGACGAUGAUGACGACGAAGGGGAACUGAUAGAUCCCGUCGAUGGGCCUCUUCUUCCGCCAUCAGCUCCCUCCGAAUGCCUCCGGCAGAUGACUCACUUCGAAGACAAAUACGAGUGACGGUCGAAGUCUAGAGGAUUCCAUGAGUCCUAUUGAAUCAGGACCAAAGGAAGAUUAAAACAAGGGGAUUCCCUGAGUCCUUCAAUCAAAUGAUUCAUUUGCUAAAAAAUAAUCAGGUAGUGGAUGUGUCUAUUUUGUGUAAAUUUUAGUCUAUAUGAAGAUUGUGACUUAAUCUUUUGCAAGUUACUUAACACUUGUGCAUUCGAUAUGUGAUUCGAUAUGUGAAGAAAGGUUAAGAAAAUAAAAAUUUACCUUGCACUCUAUCUUGAAGAUAUUCUUUUUAAGAUUACUGAAAUUUUUUUUUAAAUAUACAAAAUUCAAUGUGGCCAAAUUUAAAAUUAAGCGUCAAUGUCUUUGCUGUUAUUGUGCAUUCUGUUAUAUAGAUGCUGUAUUCUUUGUAAUUCGUGUUUCUGGAUAGUUUUAAUACAGAAUUUGCGUUACUGUCUUCCUUUGUAAAUCUCUAGCCUCGAAUCUGAAAUUGUCUGCCUUUGUAAAACUGUAGUGUCUCUCUAUUCUGAAACUGUCUACCUCUGUAAAUCUAUAGUCUCUCUCUCUCUACUCUGAAAUUGUCUACCUUUUUAAAUCUGUAUUUUCGAUUUUUUAAAUUGUCUACCUUUGUUAAUCUGUAGUCUUUCUAAUCUGAAACUGUCUACCUUUGUAAAUCUGUAUUCUCUCUCUAUUGUAAAAUUGUCUACUUUUGUAAAUCUAUAGUCUCUCUCUAUUCUGAAAUUGUCUUCCUUUUUAAAUCUGUAUUUUCGAUUUUUGAAAUUGUCAACCUUUGUUAAUCUGUAGUCUCUAUCCUGAAAUUGUUUACCUUUUUAAAUCUGUAUUCUCUCUCUAUUGUAAAAUUGUCUACCUUUGUAAAUCUAUAGUCUCUCUCUAUUCUGAAAUUGUUUACCUUUUUAAAUCUGUAUUUUCGAUUUUUGAAAUUGCCUACCUUUGUUAAUCUGUAGUCUUUCUAAUCUGAAACUGUCUACCUUUGUAAAUCCGUAGCCUCUAUUCUGAAAUGGUCUACCGUUGUAAAUCUGUAGCCUCUCUCUAUUCUGAAAUGAUCUGUAAUAGAUGUUACCUCGUCAGUCUUUUACUGCGCACGCGCAGUUCUGAAUCGUUGGUGCUAGAGGAACAAACAUCUUGAUCAGUGGAGUUUAUUUAAAAAAUCUCUCUCGGCUGUUUGUUUCUCCUGACGUUUGGUUUGUGUGUUUGUUUUUCCCGAAAUCCGAGGAUGUCUACAUAUGUACAUAUCAGUACAAGAUUGUAAAGGUAUUAUGGA